AUGCUAUUAUUAUUAUUUAUUCUUUUACAAAUUCUCAAUUUAUCAUCAACGAUUCCAGUAUCGUAUAUCGAUUUAUCACAUACAAUCGAUCCUUCAAUACCAUAUUUCCCUUCACAGACACGUUUUAAUUUUACACAACGUUUUGUACAAUGGGUAAAUGAAGAAAAUUCAUAUUUUUAUUCGACAAAUUCAUUUAUUACCGGUGAACAUAUGGGUACACAUAUAGAUGCACCUUAUCAUUUCUCUCCUACAGGUUGGAAAGUUGAUGAAAUUCCAUUGAAAAAUUUAAUAUCUGUACAUGCUCGUCUUAUUGAUGUAUCGAAACAAUGUAAAAAAGAUAAAAAUUAUCUUAUUACAAUUGAUGAUGUUAAAAAAGCUAGUUUAACUAUACCAGAAAUUGAUGAAGAUACUGGAGAAACAUUUUUAUUUACUCUUAUUUUCUAUACCGGAUGGACAAAAUAUUGGCCUGAUCAAACAUCUUAUGCUGGUGGGGAGUCACAUCUUGAAUUUCCUGGUUUAAGCGAAGAAUUAGCUAUAUAUUUAGUUAAUACAUAUGGAGAUAAUCUUGUCGGUGUUGGUCUCGAUACUCUUUCAACUGAUUAUGGACAAACAAAAACUUAUCCAGUUCAUCAAAUAUUAGCUAAACACAAUAAAUAUGGAUUAGAAAAUCUCGCUUUAGUCGACAAUUUAAUAACAAAUGUUGGUAAAAAUUUUUUUACAUUAGAUAUAUUUCCAAUGAAAAUAGGUAAUGGUACAGGUGCACCAUGUCGUGUUCUAGCGCGUAUUAAUAGUAUUAGAAAGAAUACUACAAAUUGGUUUGGUUUAUUAGUCUUUCUUUUUAUUGCAUUUCUUAUUGGUUUUGUUGUUAAAAUUAUUUAUGAUGUUAAAUGUAAUCCCAAUAAAGAAUUCUAA